AUGAAGCUAACGCACAAGCGGAAAUCCGACAGCUCGACCUGGGCGUUGAUCCUGCAUGCUAAAUCCUUCGCCCCGUGCUCAAGGCUUUUGACAGGAAACCCAGGCCACAACUUGCCUUCCUAUCUUGGCAAGACCUCCUACAAAGAACCCACUGAUAUCAGCGUGAAUAACUACUCGGAAGCCGACAAGGAUGGUCUCAACUUCUUCGGGAGGUUGCAGAAAAGCCCGGCUUAUUUUGAAGCUUUCACCGGCCAUAUGGAGGCAUGGACCGCAUGGAAGACUCCGUUGACCGAGGUAUACGAUACGACGGCACUGUUAGAGGGAGCGAAACUAGGUGAUGGGUCUCCAUUCAUGGUGGAUGUUGGUGGAAAUACUGGAAUUGACAUUUCUCGUGUCCUUGAGAAGCAUCCCGACCUUCCUGCCGGAUCGCUCGUCCUACAGGAUCUUCCGGAGGUGAUUGUCAAUGCUCAGGUUGAUGAGAAGGUGACCGCAAUGACUCAUGACUUUUUCCUGCCGCAGCCUGUGAAAGGGAGCCGUGCUUACUUUAUGCACGCCGUUCUCCACGAUUGGCCCGAUGACAAGGCUCGGCUGCUUCUUGAAAACACCAAAGAGGCGAUGGUCAAAGGUUAUUCAAAGCUCCUUGUCUACGACAUUGUUCUUCCACCCACCGGGGCGAGUAUUAGCCAGAGCACGAUGGACGUGAAUAUGAUGUCGUUGUUGUCGGCUUCUGAGCGGACUCAGGGCGCAUGGGAAAAGCUACUGACUGAAUCUGGCUUUAAGAUUGUAAAAUUCUGGCCCGACCCUCAACAGUACGAGAUGAUUAUUGAGGCUGAGAUUGCGUAG